AUGAGCUACCAGCACACCCCAGCCAGCAUCGCAGGACAGCCCCACCUCAUCAGACACCCCCCACUCCCGCCGAACAGACACCGCCCCGCAGAGUCACUCCACGCCUUCCUCGCCAGGAUCGACUAUCUCGCAACGGCACCAGACUCACCCGCCUAUCCACCCACAAAACAGAACAUCAGCCGCUGCCCAGAGAUCGCCGCAGAGAUCAUCAAAACACUCUACAGCUUCGCAUUCGAGCCAGAAUGGGCCCCCCACUUCUUCCCCAGCACCGCCUUCAACACCCUCAGCCCAUCAGCCCACACCCCUGUCGUCGGCCUGCCCGACAUCACCCCCGACUUCAGCCUCACCGCACUCCAGGGGGAAGAGGCAAUCGAAUACGCCGAAAACAGGCGCGGAAAACCUUGCGGCCAUGUCUUCCAAAAGGGAGAAGGCGUCUACCAUUGCAGUGACUGCGGUAUCGAUCCAACGUGCGCCCUUUGUGCAAGAUGCUUCCUGGCCUCCGAUCACACCGGACAUGAUGUCACCUACUCCAUCCAUGCCAAUGGAUGUGGAUGUUGCGAUUGCGGGGACGAGGAGGCGUGGAAGACGGAUAUCAGAUGCAAGUACCACUGUCUAUCCACCGAUCAGCCCGCCGCAAACCAUCAAACACCACCACCCAAGACGACCAGCAGCUCAACACCACCCGAACCACUCCCGAGCCCAUGCAAGGAACUCAUCCAAGAGAUCGUAGCCAUCGCACUCGACUUCCUGCUCAUCACAGUCGAUCGGAGCCCAGAAGACAUGCGCCCACCUGCAAACAUCGAUGCCAUCUACCACGAACUCAGCCGCCUGGAAGAGAACGCCUAUCUCGGACGGCCCCGCAGCUCACCCUCCCUCCCAGACCACUCCAUGGAUAUCGACCUCCCAUUCUCCCACCAUCCGACAUCCUUCCAACUCCAGCACCAGGCUAUCGCCAACUCCAUGGAAGAAGCCGGCAAAUCGUCUAUCACCGGCGGGCUCCUAUCAGCUUUCCUGGGCGGUGGCAGGCCGGCCGACAAGGGCAAAGGCAAGAUCACCGACUCCACCCCCUCCAACUCGACCUUCGGCCCUUCAUCAAUCUACCCACAAUCUACUACCGCUCAUACCACCGCCCAAGGCUCGUCAAGAGCACCAGACACCAACCACUGGUCGACCUGGUCCCAUUUCCCAACACCCAUCAAACCCACCGAUCACAACCUCCGCGGAUCCGGCCCCUGGGGAGUAGUCCUAUGGAACGACGAGAGGCACAGUUAUGCCCAGGUGAUCGACCAAGUCUCGAAAGCCACCGGGUGCUCUCGGGCAGAGGCUCUCCGAAUCGCCAACACCAUCGAUACCAAGGGUAGAGAAGUGAUCCAAGUCUCGAGUGAUCCUAGCGUCCUGAUCCAGACUUCCAAGACGAUCAGUCAGAUCGAUCUCACCGUCACCGUCAGGACGGCUCACGACCUAUUCUGCGAACAGAUCGCCGAUCUGAUCAUCAAUUUCCUCGUCGACUUGGCUUCCUGUCGGCUAUACAACGUCGCCCCCGAAGAUGAAUCCUGGCUCAAAUCGAUGAUCACCCGCAAGCUUCGUGAGCGACCAGCGUUGGGAUACGAAGGCGGCGGUCGGAGUCGAUUUGCCCGUUUAUUACUCAAUGACGUCAAGCUUUGGAAAGAGGCUCGCGACAAACUCAAGUCCUUGUACAUCUCCUUGCUCGCCUUGGGCCAGUCCGUCAAACUCGAAUUGGGCAUCCUCUUCGCCUCAGUCUUCCCCCAACUCAUCGAAUACAACUUCCUCGUCGACCGAGAACCGGAACACAACAUCCUCCUCUUCAGUCUCCAGAUCGUCACCGUCCCCAGUGUGAUCGUCAUCCUGGUCAAAGAGCAUGGAUUCCUCAAGAUGAUCAUCGACCUACUCUACUCUUUCUUUACCCAUCAAUUCUUACCUGCUGGAGUACCGGAGAACGAAUACAAGCACAUCGUUUAUCCUCCAGACCAUCAGAUCACCGGGAUCAAUCCAGAAGGAAUGGCUUUCCGUCACAAACGAUACUACCAUCUCUUCCACGAACUCAAUCUGGUCCUGAGCUCUCCCGGCGUUCAAAAAGCGAUCUGCGAGGAUGUCGAACAUCUCAAGACACUCAUCAACUUCUUGUCUCUGUUUACGAACAUGAACCCCAACAGACGAGCGGUGCAUCUACACGUUGAAUUCGAAUCGGAUGCCUGGGUGACGGCCUUCAACCUGACGAUCCAGUUGGCUAAACUGUGCAAGUUCUUUGGGGAGUGUUACUCCAAGGCGAACCCGGAAGAGUUCGUGGUAGCCGUGCGGACAUUGGUGCCCAGUCUGAUCGACCCCGACCAGGCGUACCACAACGUCAACUUUGGCUCCUGCGAAGCGGUCGAUGGCUCGGCCGUCGAUUCUGGUGUCUGCUAUCGCUGCAUCGACUUCAGGACCGAUCGGGAGCUGAUCAGCUUCCACCACCCCUUGAACUGGCUCUUCGCCGAAAUCAUGCGCAGCGUCCAUCUCAUCAACUUCGAACAGGUCCACCAUCUUGGCGUCUAUGGUGUCGGCGAUCUCUUGAUCCCGGAAAACGCUCUACCCGCAGAAGCAGAUGUUGCACCAUUAGCUCUAUCAGAAAAUGUGAUUUGCGUUGCAUCGCUGCUGGCCCAGGUCCGCGCGGGUUUAUGGGUCCGAAAUGGGUUUGGUGUUCGUGCACAACAACUGCAUUAUCGGGAGUACAGCCUCAGAGAAACGACGUUUGAUCAGGACAUCUUCCACUUGCAAGUCUUACUUGCAGCCAAAGAUCCAAGCCAUGUGCUUGUGGCGAUUGUCGAUCGGUUUGCGAUGAGACAAUGGUGCAACGGGGAGUUUCUCUCAGAUCGCGUGUACGAGCCGAGUCAAAUGAUCGCGAUGCUCGAAGAGUUGUUGCAUCUCUUAAUCAUCUUACUCUCCGAGCCCUCUGGGAUCAGUGGAUCGAGUCGAGAUGAAAACUUAAAACGAGAGAUCAUCCAAGUCCUCUGUCUCGGUCCGAUGUCAUACUCGGACACCAUCAAACGAAUCCCAGACCGAUACAUCCAAGACUCGUCCUUCGAUAGGGCAUUAGCUAAACUGGCCGACUUCAAACCACCAGUGGGCUCGAGUGACGUCGGGAUGUAUUCGUUGAAGCCUGAGUUUUUGGAAGAAGUCGACCCAUACUAUUGCAGAUUUGGCCGUAAUCAACGCGAAGAAUCUGAGCGGAUCGUCGUGGAGCAUUUGAAAAAAACUACUGGCGAAGCAGAUCCAGUGCUGGUACCUAAGUGUCUUAAGAUCAACUCGGGGCCGUUUGCCUGUAUCAGCCAUACCUAUCAUUCCGAAGUCUUGCUUCAAAUAAUCUUUUACUCAUUGGCCAGGGUGAACCCGACGAUGAAAGGAUACUCCGAAUAUCUGGCCGAUGAGGCGAUCCACCUGGUGAUGAUGGGCUUAGUCGAGCAGCCGGAUGUGUUUGCCAAGAUGGCGAUCGAAAAGAAGCUGCCGCUGAAGGGCGCCAAUCCGCACACAAUGACGCUGAAGAUGAUGUUGGAGGCGGUGGAUGCUGAGCCGGCGAUGAAGAGCGUCCAGAAAAAGGUGAACUGGUGCCUCGACCGGAUGGCGUCGAUCUUCGGCUUGCAGAGGACCGACGGCAAGUCCGCCGAGUCUGCCACCAAUGCCGAGCAGAUCGCCAUCCAAGCCGACGAGCAGAAGAAGGAGGCCGCCAAGGCCCGUCAGAACGCGAUCAUGAACCAAUUUGCCGCCGCCCAGCAGGCGUUCCUCCUCCAACAUGAUCUCGAUGAUGAUGAAGAUGAUGAAGAGGACGAUAGCGAUGGUCAAACGUCGACGAGCAAGAUGGCCCUCGAUCCGGAGAUCGAGAAAACCUACGGAAAUUGCAUCGUAUGUCAAGAAGAUUUGACCAAGGCCCGUUGCUUCGGGGCACUCGGUCUCGUCCAGCGUAGCCGGAUGGUCAGGCUUACCCCAGUCCAUCUCGAACCGGAACAAGCGGGUCUAUGGUUCGAAGAGGCAUUGCUGACUCCUGAAAGUCUUGAUAUCGAUGGAAGGAAGCGCUCGCCAGCGGGCGUCGCAAGCAGACAGCCUGUCAACAUAUCCGACACCAAAAUUGGAGCCGAUGGCAGUCUCGAACCGGUGGCGUGGGUGCCGCGAGGAUUCCCGAAUGGGGCUGGCAAUCGGUCCGGCCUGUUUGCCUCGGUCUGUGGCCAUCUCAUGCACUUCGCCUGUUUCCAGACCUACUACAAGUCCAUCGAGCUCCGUCAUGGAACCCAAGUGACUCGGAACCACCCCGAGAGCAUCGACCGAUGCGAGUAUCUCUGCCCGCUGUGCAAGUCUAUCGGCAAUAUCUUCCUGCCCUCCGUCGACUCCAGCACGCCGCUCGUCAAGCCACAGAAUUCUCCUCCCGCCCCGACCGAUCUGGUCGAUUGGAUCACCUCGGUAGACGCGAUCGAGAGCAAGAUGAAAGAGGAAACGGGCGCAGACAAUUACAGCCAACUGUUCUCGUUGAAUGAGUAUGGGGCCAUCAAGUCCUGGAUGGUCCAUCUCAAACUCGACCCUCAUCCGCGCCGCUCUUCGCCACAGACGAUAAUGACGAGCAGCAGCAGGCUAGGGAACGACGAGCAGGCGAUGCUGGAGCGAUUUCUGACGGUGACCGCGGCGCUGAACCGGGAGUUACCGGACCCGUCAGAGGCGCUGGGGCCGGACACGUCGGACGGGCUGGGCCAGGCGACGCUGACGCGGGACCUGAUCGGCUACACGAUCUCGUGCACGGAGAUCGCCGCCCGAGGCCUGGCUCAGCCGGGCGGCGUGGCCAGCUCGAUCUCGGAAACCCAGCACCAGCUGAUCAGCAGCCUUCUUGCCGUGCUCGGCUGGCUCCUCGAGGCUGAGAGCGGCCAGCCUUCGAUCGAGAAAUAUGCCACCGGCCUCUUGAUCCGCCAGCUCACCCCCGCCAACAUCCUGGCCCGUCCGGCUCAUCUCGCCGGCCACCUCCCCCGUCGACCGUUGCUGUUCUCCGAGCCGUUGUCGCUGCUGGUCCACUGUGCGAUCGCCGCGCCGGACAAACUGGGCCUGGUCAUCCCGCUCUGCUACCAGCUCGAACUGCUCAGAGUGAUGAUCGGACUGUGCUUCGUCUCGAAGAAGUUUCCGUACAAAUGGUGGACAUCCGAGCCCGUCAAGACGGACCGGACGAAGCCCGACCGGAAGCGCGAGGGCGGCGCGCUGGGCCUGCUGCUCGCCAAAGUGGUCGACGUCUGUGGCGCCGAGGGCUCGGCGUUGGUCUCCGCUGACGACUGGGAGCUCGAGCGGAUCGUCCGGCUCUACACCCUGCCCUUCCUCCGUCGGGCCUGGAUCCUCCUGAACGUGGUCUCCAAGCAAGCCCCGCUCAACGGGCGUGCCGGGACAACAGCGGCAGAGGAGCAGGAGGACGAGCAUGUGCGGCUGAAGCGGGCGAUGCAGAUCCCGAGUUUCUUGGACUUGCGCGGCGACGAGCCGGACGACCCUGCGACAGGCAAGAAAACAAACACGCAGAUCUACCGACUGAUGAUCGUGGGCUGGCUAGGCGAGCUGACGGAGUAUGUGCGGGCGCACUACGGCUUACGAGGCGGUGCCGGUGGCGGUGUCGCUGGGGGGGUCGAGGGGGUGGUGGGACUAGUGGAAGACUUCCGGCUGCGCGACGGCUUCUUCACCCUCGAACAUCCCGUCAUCUACGAGCUCCUGGGUCUCCCCACCAAGUUCGACAAGCUCCUCAGUCGCGCCGCCGCCAAGAAAUGCGCCAACUGUAACGCCGUGCCCAACGACCCUGGCAUCUGUCUCCUCUGCGGAGCUACGGUCUGUGUGCAGGCUUUCUGUUGCACGAAUCGGAACUUGGACGAGGAGCCUGAACACGGCGAGUGUAAUGUGCACAUGUGGAAUUGUGGCGGGUCAGUAGGCGUGUACCUGUUGAUCAAGAAAUGCUCGACCCUGUUCUUGGCGGCGGAGAACGGGGCGUUCUCGAUGGCGCCGUAUCUGGACGAGCACGGGGAACACGACGUGGGCAUGAAGAGGGGAAGGCCCCAGUUCUUGCACCAGGCUAGGUGGGACGAGAUCCGUCGGGUGUGGCUUACCCAUAACGUGCCCACUUUCGUCGCCAGACGGCAGGAGGCGAGCACCGAUGUCGGCGGCUGGCCGACUUUUUGA